AUGCAACCAAUUGAACUCCUUGCAAAUAUAAAAACUAGUGGUAAACCCAGUACUGAUGGCACUAUAAACGUUUCUGGUCCUUAUACAUAUUGUGAGCUUAAUGUAGAAUACAAGUGUCUUAAAAACUUUGUAAUUGCAGGGCUUUAUUUUUCUAUUUCCGGUGCUGUACUUUCAGAUAAAGCUAUAAUUAAUCCACUUAUCCCAUUAUAUUCUCUUGCUUGGCAAAAAGAUGAUGAAAUAAAAUUAUCAAUUUCUAAAACAUUUCAUGCUCUAAAGAAAUCUCUUCAACUUCUCGAUCAAUACUAUGCAGAAGUUAAUAAUAAACUAGUUCAAAAAAUCUUCCAAACCUUCAACCCUAAGCAUCCUUUAUUUCCUGAA